UUUAACAUUUUUUUUUUUUUUUUUUAAACAAUACUCCAGAAGCAUCGCAAAAGAGUCAUUUUGUACAUUCUUCUGCUCGGAAUUGGAUGAAUGGCGAAAGUUCCUCCAAAGCAUGCUCGCGAUCAAUUUCAAGACUUCGAGGGGCUUUUGAAUAACUUACAGGACUGGGAAUUAUCAUUUAAGGACAAAGACAAGAGAUUGAAAUCACAAUUUGUUGGCAAGGACAAGUUGGAUCUUCCUGCUCAGAGACAUAGCAUGAACAGUGCUAGUCAACAUUCUAAUGGCACGGGAGUUAACGAGAAACCACCAAUGGGUAAAACUACGGCUUUGGAUAAUUUAGGUUCUGGCAGACAAUAUGAUUAUAUGAAGGACUAUGAUGCAAUCCAUCGUUUAUCAGAUGGCUUAAUGGAAGAAGAAGCUGUGGAUGCCAAUUCAGAAAAAGAGUUGGGUAACGAGUUUUUCAAGCAAAAGAAGUUUAAUGAAGCAAUAGAUUGCUACUCUCGAAGCAUUGCUUUCUCACCAACUGCAGUAGCUUACGCAAACAGGGCAAUGGCUUAUAUCAAAAUCAAGAGAUUCCAGGAAGCGGAGAAUGACUGUACAGAGGCCUUAAAUUUAGAUGACCGCUACAUAAAGGCAUAUUCUCGCCGAUCAACAGCUAGAAAAGAACUUGGAAAACUAAAAGAAUCCAUUGAUGACACUUCAUUUGCUUUGAGGUUGGAUCCACACAACCAAGAGAUCAAGAAGCAGUAUGCAGAACUCAAAUCUUUGUUGGAGAAGGAGAUUCUUAAGAAGGCAUCUGGCGUAGCAGGAGGUUCUUCGCAAGGAGUACAAAGAGAGGGAAAGUUGAAGGUAGAAAAGAGCAAAUCUAUACACAAGGUCCAAUCUGUUUCACCAAGUUCUCCUGCAGGAGUGGCUGAGGUUCUAAAGGAUAAUUCCAAGGAUAGAGAAGGUGGUGCAGAGACAUCCAUGGAGGUCGAAAGCAGCAGACUCAGAACCCAUAGAGCUGAUAUGAACACUAGUUUUGGGAAUGUAAAGAUUGAACACAAAAAUGGCGAGCAAGAGUUGAAGGCAUCAGUGCAGGAGCUUGCUGCCAGAGCUGCUAAUCUUGCCAAGGCUGAAGCUGCGAAAAAUAUUUCCCCUCCAAAUUCAGCUUAUCAGUUUGAGGUUUCUUGGCGAGGACUAUCGGGUGAUCGAACUCUACAGGCUCAUUUAUUGAAGGUGACACCAGCAACUGCAUUACCAGGGAUAUUUAAAAAUGCUUUGUCUGCUCCGAUGCUUGUUGACGUUAUUAGGUGUAUUGCUACCUUUUUCACGGAAGAUAUGGAUUUAGGUGUAAAAUACUUGGAGAACUUAACCAAGGUCCCCAGAUUUGACAUGGUUAUCAUGUGCCUUUCACCAUCGGAUAAGGCUGAUCUUUGGAAGAUAUGGGACGAAGUCUUCAGCAAGGGUACGUCGGAAUAUGCUGAGAAUCUUGGUAAUUUGCGCUUAAAAUAUGGCGUAAAACAAUGAUGGAGUUGUGCUUUGGAGGAUGGAUUUCAUUUCUAAGGUCUGCCUGUUUCGAGCAAUUUCUUCAAGGAGAAACUUGUCAGGUGUUGGAGUCGGAAAACAAUAUAUCGAUGUUUUUUAGCACGGAGUACCUUGUUGCUUGCAGUUGUAUGAUGAUAUUUCUUAAUUUAAUAUUCUACUUUGCCAGAAAUCAUUAGGCUGUACACGGGAUCCCAUGAAAUAUGUGGAUAACAAAUGGGUACUAGUUAAUAAUGUAUGAUGAAAUUAUUGUAUGAUUUUAACUGGA